AGGAGGGACCCGGAGGCAGGCGGGCCUGGAGCAGCGCGAGCUGCGCCGCCUGCACCUGCACUGCCGAGCUGGGCCAGCCUCCCCUCGGCCUCUCCUCCCUCCCAGCUCCAGAAGGGUCUCGGCCUGUCUGAAGAGCAUGCAGCCCCCUUGCUCCCCACCUGGCCUCGCCAUCCCUGCUCCCCCAGCCUGACCCCCGGCCCCAGCAUGGCCCAGGGUGCCAUGCGCUUCUGCUCGGAAGGCGACUGUGCCAUCUCCCCACCACGAUGCCCUCGUCGCUGGCUCCCCGAAGGCCCAGUACCCCAGAGCCCCCCAGCCAGCAUGUAUGGCAGCACAGGCUCCCUGCUGCGGCGAGUGGCAGGCCCAGGGCCCCGUGGCCGGGACCUGGGACGUGUGACGGCACCCUGUACACCUCUGCGUGGUCCCCCCUCUCCUCGGAUUGCUCCCUCACCCUGGGCACCCUCUUCACCCCCUGGGCAGCCCCCACCAGGGACCCAGAGCUCUGUGGUCAUCUUCCGCUUUGUGGAGAAGGCCAGUGUGAGGCCAUUGAACGGGCUCCCUGCGUCUGGAGGCUUGAGUCGGAGCUGGGACCUGGGUGGGGUCUCUUCCUCCAGGCCCACCCCAGCCCUGGGUCCUGGCUCCAACCGAAAGUUUCGGCUGGAGGCGUCCACAUCAGACCCACUUCCCGCCGGAGGUGGCUCUGCCCUUCCUGGAAGCCAGAACUCCCUCCGUGGGACACCGGUCCCACCCCAGGUUGGGGCAGAUGGACUGUACUCCUCUCUCCCCAAUGGGCUGGGGGGCCCUCCUGAGCAUCUAGCUGCACUAUGUCGAGGGCCUGCUGACACUGGGUUCCUGAACCAGGGAGACCCCUGGUCCUCCCCCCGGGAAGUCUCCUCCCAUGCCCAGAGAAUCGCUCGAGCCAAAUGGGAAUUCUUCUAUGGCUCCCUGGACCCCCCCAGCUCAGGUGCUAAGCCCCCGGAGCAGGCGCCCCCCGCUGCCCCCACAGUGGGCUCAGGGCCAGGCUCCGGGGUGGCUGUGGGGCGAGCAGCUGAGUAUUCGGAGACAGACUUGGACACGGUGCCCCUGAGGUGCUACCGAGAGACCAACAUCGAUGAGGUGCUGGCUGAGCGAGAAGAAGCCGACUCGGCCAUUGAGAGCCAGCCCAGCUCUGAAGGCCCACCUGGCACUGCCCACCCAGCUGCCCCACAUCACGGCCUGUGCCCUAGGCCUCGCUCCAGCCUGAGCAGUGGCAACGAUCAAGAGGACGAGGCAGGCGGGGAAGAGGACGCAGAUGAUGAGGUGUUUGAGGCCUCCGAGGGGGCCCGGCCCAACAGCCGGAUGCCCCACCCUGGGCCUGUCAAGUCGCCAGUGCCCUUUCUCCCCGGGACCAGCCCUUCGGCCGAAGGGCCUGACUCGUUCAGUUGUGUGUUUGAAGCCAUCCUGGAGUCACACCGUGCCAAGGGCACUUCUUACACCAGCCUCGUGUCCCUGGAGGCCCUGGCCUCACCUGGCCCAACCCAGAGCCCCUUCUUCACCUUUGAGCUGCCUCCCCAGCCCCCUGCACCCCGGCCUGACCCAUCUGCUCCUGCCCCGCUGGCCCCUCUGGAGCCAGAUUCUGGUACCAGCUCUGCUGCCGAUGGUCCUUGGACACAGCGAGGGGAGGAGGAGGAGGCAGAGGCUGGAGCCAAGCUGCCCCCAGGGAGGGAGCCCCCUAGUCCCUGCCACUCAGAGGACAGCCUUGGGCUGGGGGCAGCACCCUUGGGCAGUGAACCACCCCUGAGCCAGCUGGUCUCAGACUCAGACUCAGAGCUGGACAGCACAGAGCGGCUGGCGCUGGGAAGCACAGAUACCUUGUCCAAUGGGCAGAAAGCAGAUCUGGAGGCUGCACAGCGCCUCGCCAAGAGGCUGUACCGACUAGAUGGCUUCAGGAAGGCCGAUGUGGCCCGGCACCUGGGCAAGAACAAUGACUUCAGCAAACUGGUGGCGGGCGAGUACCUCAAAUUCUUUGUCUUCACGGGCAUGACUCUGGACCAAGCCCUCAGGGUGUUUCUCAAGGAGCUGGCCUUAAUGGGUGAGACCCAGGAACGGGAGCGUGUGCUGGCUCACUUCUCCCAGCGGUACUUCCAGUGCAAUCCUGAAGCUUUGUCCUCAGAGGACGGCGCCCACACACUGACCUGCGCCCUCAUGCUACUCAACACGGAUCUCCACGGCCACAACAUAGGGAAGCGCAUGACCUGUGGGGACUUCAUCGGGAACCUGGAGGGCCUCAACGACGGCGGCGACUUCCCCAGGGAGCUGCUCAAGGCCUUGUACAGCUCCAUCAAGAAUGAGAAGCUGCAGUGGGCCAUAGACGAGGAGGAGCUGAGGCGCUCUCUGUCCGAACUGGCCGACCCCAACCCCAAGGUCAUCAAGCGGGUCAGUGGGGGCAGCGGCAGCGGCUCCAGCCCUUUCCUGGACCUGACUCCUGAGCCCGGGGCCGCCGUUUACAAGCACGGGGCCCUGGUGCGCAAGGUGCACGCAGACCCUGACUGCCGGAAGACGCCUCGGGGCAAGCGAGGCUGGAAGAGCUUCCACGGGAUCCUCAAGGGCAUGAUUCUCUACCUGCAGAAGGAGGAGUACCAGCCCGGGAAGGCGCUCUCUGAGGCUGAGCUCAAGAACGCCAUCAGCAUCCACCACGCCCUGGCCACCCGGGCCAGUGACUAUAGCAAGAGGCCCCAUGUCUUCUACCUUCGCACAGCAGACUGGCGGGUCUUCCUCUUCCAGGCUUCGAGCCUGGAGCAGAUGCAGUCCUGGAUCACGCGCAUCAACGUGGUGGCUGCCAUGUUCUCUGCACCCCCAUUCCCGGCUGCUGUCAGCUCCCAGAAGAAGUUCAGCCGCCCACUUCUGCCCAGUGCCGCCACCCGCCUCUCCCAGGAAGAGCAGGUGCGGACCCAUGAGGCCAAGCUGAAGGCCAUGGCAAGUGAGCUUCGUGAGCACCGGGCCACCCAGCUGGGAAAGAAGGCCCGCGGCAAGGAGGCAGAUGAGCAGCGGCAGAAGGAGGCCUACCUGGAGUUUGAGAAAUCUCGCUAUGGCACCUAUGCGGCGUUGCUUCGGGUCAAGCUGAAGGCGACCAGCGAGGAGCUGGAUGCCAUAGAGGCAGCACUGGCCCAGGCUGGGAGUGUGGAGGAUGGGGUGGGGGGUGGGAGGGGCAAGUGCCCGAAAUUUUGA